AUUCAGUCCAGAGACAGCGCUUGGUUCGUCUCGUUUGUGGAACAGAAUUCUUCAUUCCAGAAUCCGCUCAGCCGCAUUGUGAAAUUUUUCGUGAAUGCGGUGACAGAGCCCGAGAAGAGAGCUGACGAUGAGCACAUCGUCUGCGAUCGUCAACGCGGACAAAUCGCCGGAGCCUGUCGGCGAAACACUCGAAGACGGUUCGCACACUGACGAGUGCACAAGUGACUUGGCUGUCAAGGUCGGGAGUACCUAUGACGAGGACGAUGAUCCUAAAAACUGCCGGUACACAACCACGAAGAGUAAUCUCUGGGACAGACUGUUCUUUGGAUUUCUCACUCGAGUCGUCCUCCGGGGCGCGAGGCAUCAGCUCGAAGCGAAAGAUCUCCUUCCUUUGCACACGUUGUUCACAGCCAAAGAGACGGCUGCUAGAAUCCUGCGUCUAUGGAACAAGAGACAUGCGAGAAAAAGACCACAAAACGCCGAUGAAGAAACUCCCGAGACGGAUGACGCUACCCUUAUCCGCCCUGAAGGCACGAAGAAGUCCGUCAGCAUGUUUUCCGUUAUAUUUGUAGCCUUUUGGGCUGACUUACUCUUCGCAGCCAUCUUGUAUUUCCUCGCUUCGUUCGUGUUUUUGGUCCCACCGUUCCUCAUUGGGAGCCUGGAUGAUUUCUUGAACAAGAAAAACCCGCCAAUGACAGAAGGUCUCUACAUCGUGGGAGUACUCUUAGCAUCCCAACAAAUAUUCUCGAUCUUGCGGUCGCACACUUUCGGCACCCUAUUCAAUGUGGGCAUCAAGCUCAAAUCGGGCUUAUCAUCUGCAAUAUACCAAAAGUGUUUAAGACUGUCAUCAAAGUCUUCGAAAGAGUAUCCGACCGGCGAUAUAGUGAGUUUGAUAACGAUCGAUGUCGACAUCAUCCAAUGGGCUAUGAUUCAGUCCAAUUAUGCCUGGGGAGCGCCCGUAUCGGUAGUAUUGACCUUCGCCCUCAUAUACCAAUACCUCGGGGUAUAUUGCUUGGCUGGGGCGCUUGCGAUCGUGGCAUUCACGCCCGUGAUCGUCCUCAUGACGAAAAUCGAGAGCGCUCUGCAAACGAAACACAUGAAGAAGAAAGAUCAGCGAAUCGAGAUGGUGACUGAGGUUUUCAACAAUGUCAAGGUCAUCAAAUUGUAUGCUUGGGAGAACUCUUUCAUGCAAAAAAUUCGCAAGCUCAGAGACCAGGAAUCCCGGCUGAUGUACAUUUUUCUCGGAGCUAGCAAUGCAUUCGGAUUCACUUGGAAUUGUUAUCCGUUUUUC